CUGAAAAUGUCAUGUCCCAACAAUGUGACUUCCAACUCGUUUUUGAUGGACUCGUUGGCCGGUACCUGUAGAGGGGAGAAUUAUUCCUCCAGCCAAGGGAUGUACAUGCAGCCUGGGAGCGAUUUCAGCUGCGGAGUCAUGAGGAACUGUGGAAUCCUCCCGUCUCUUUCCAAAAGGGACGAGGUGAAUAGCGCUGCCUUGUCUCUCAGCACCUAUCCAUCUUACCUUUCUCAGCUAGACACUUGGUGUGACCCCAAAACCGCGUACAGGAUCGAGCAACCUGUUGCGAGGCAGCUCCCGUCCUGCUCCUUCCCCACCAAUGUCAAGGAGGAGAAUGUUUGCUGCAUGUAUAACGCUGAGAAAAGGGCCAAAAACGCCCCAGAGACAGCCCUCUACCCCAACCAAAUGCCUGAGUCUUGCCUAAAUGACCAUGAAGUCCCCGUUCCCAGCUACUACCGAGCCAGCCAAGGUUACCCCUCCAUGGAGAAGACGUCCAACUGCAGCAAUCCCAGUGAGUUUGAGGCAAGUUUUGAAGCCAGGGCGAGCCUGAACCCAAGGAGCGAGCAUCUGGAACCGGCGGCACCGGCACCAGCACCACCUCCACCACCUCCACCACCUCCUCCUCCGCCGCCGCCCCCGGUGGCUAAAGUGAGUUUCCCCGAAAACACAAAAACGUCAGAUAAUCCUCAGAACACGUCCGCGAACGACAUCAUUAAAACAGAAAAAAGCGCCCCCGCGCCCAAAAUAAGUCCUUCGGAGGCAGAGAAGGAGCUGAAUAAAAACACUGACACCAGCACUGACAAUUCUGACAGUGAAGCGAAAGAGGAUAUAAAGGCAGAAAACACUACAGGAAAUUGGCUGACAGCAAAGAGCGGAAGAAAGAAAAGGUGUCCUUACACCAAGCACCAGACGCUGGAGCUGGAGAAGGAAUUCUUGUUCAAUAUGUACUUGACCCGUGAGCGCCGCCUGGAGAUUAGUAAGAGCAUAAACCUGACAGACAGACAAGUCAAAAUCUGGUUUCAGAACCGCAGGAUGAAACUCAAGAAAAUGAACAGGGAGAACCGAAUCCGCGAACUGACUUCCAAUUUUAAUUUCACCUGA